CCUCAGAUUGUUGAGCAGUGCUCCAACGAUGCGUUGCACGUGCGCAGUUUAGACGGUCUUGUUUAUCUUCGAUUCGUGCAAUAAUCGUUCACAUGCAGGGUAGCUCGACGUUGCAGUAGGGCUUAUACGACAGUCGUUGCCGAAAAGUUUUACGUUCCAUCUAAUCGGGACAAAAGGAGCCAUCUGUAUAAACAAGAUUGAAUGGGUGAGUUACCCUGAAAGGCGAGCUCUACACAUCACCGGGUGAAUUUUGUUCAAACUGACAAACUGCAAGAGCAUGACUAACGUACGGGAAAACAACGACAUGGGACACGCGGAUUUCCAAGCGCUCCGAGACAUGGCCAACCGGAUUCGACUUCACAGCGUUCGUGCAACCAGCGCUGCCGGCUCGGGUCACCCGACAUCGUGUGCAUCAAUUGCUGAAAUAACGUCAGUGUUGUUCUUCCAUACGAUGAGAUACAGGGUCCAGAAGCCUCGUGACCCAAACAGUGACAGAUUUGUCCUCUCAAAGGGUCAUGCUGCUCCUGCACUGUACGCGGCGUGGGCCGAGGCUGGCUUAUUUCCCGUUGAAGACCUACUUAAUCUGAGAAAGGUGGACAGCGAUUUGGAAGGACACCCAACCCCGAGACUCGAGUUUAUUGACGUUGCGACGGGCUCACUAGGCCAGGGACUGAGCUGUGCCGCCGGCAUGGCGUAUACCGGUAAAUACUUUGACAGGGCAAGUUAUCGUGUGUUCUGCGUUGUUGGCGACGGCGAAAGUGCAGAGGGUUCUAUAUGGGAGGCCAUGGCCUUCGCCAGCUUCUACAAACUAGACAACCUGGUCGCCAUAUUUGACGUAAACCGUUUUGGGCAGAGUGACUUAACGGCGCUGGAGCACGACUUGGAUGCUUAUAGGAUAAGAGUUGAGGCAUUCGGAUGGAACACGUACGUUGUAGACGGCCACAGUGUGGAGGAAUUGGUUCAGGCUUUCGCUGCAGCGGAACAAGUAAAAGAUAAACCGUCUUGCGUCAUUGCAAAGACAUUCAAAGGCAAAGGAUUUCCUGGCAGUGAAGACCAGGCAAAGUUCCACGGGAAAGUAGUUGGCGAUAAAGAUUUAGUCAUCGACUCCAUUGAGAAACAGUUGGUAUCGAAGGGGUCUUUAAACCUUGAACCACGGCUGCCUAUUGAUGAUGCUCCUCCUGUCAAUAUCCAAGAUCUAAUCUUGCCAGAGCCGCCAAAUUAUAGGAAGGGAGACAGGCUAGCACCCCGGGUGGGCUUUGCCAGCGCUUCAUCAAAGCUUGGAAAACUUAACAAGCGCGUUAUCACUCUGGACGGGGACAUGCGUGGCUCCACCUUUUCCAACAAGUUUAGGGAGACUUGUCCUGACCAGUUCUUAGAAUGCUUCAUAGCGGAACAAAACAUGGUUGGCGUGGCGAUAGGGUGCGCCACCAGGGACAGAACAGUGGUCUUUCUCUGCACAUACGGGAGUUUCUUAACUAGGGCUUACGAUCAGAUUCGCAUGGGGGCCAUCUCACAAACCAAUAUCAAUAUUCUGGGGUCUCAUCCUGGAGUUUCCGUAGGUGCAGACGGGCCGUCUCAGAUGGGUAUGGAGGACAUGGCGAUGUUUCGUGCCGUGCCCAAUUGCACAGUGUUCUACCCGAGCGACGCGGUCUCCAUGGAGGGUGCCGUGAAACUCGCCGCAUGCACCAAAGGAAUAGCGUAUAUCCGGUCCACUCGAUCAGAAACCAGCGUUAUAUACGACAACGAGGAGAGAUUUCAUAUAGGAGAGGCAAAGGUUGUGCGACAACACCCCAACGAUCAAGUCACCGUGGUGGCAGCGGGCGUUACCCUGGAUACAGCACUGCAGGCAGCUGCCAUUUUGGAAACAGAGGGAAUACACAUCCGUGUCAUAGACCCCUUCACCGUGAAACCGUUGGACAGGGAGACGAUUCUCUCCGCCGCUAGGGCAACUGGGGGCAGAGUUUUGACAGUUGAGGAUCACUAUCCAGAAGGGGGUAUAGGCGAAGCAGUGGCGGCAGCUAUCGGAGAUCAGAGCGACAUCCGUGUGCGCAUUUUAGCCGUACGUGAUAUUCCGCGCAGUGGGCCAGGUGAUGUCCUUUUGGACAAAUACGGCCUUGGGCCAUCAUCUAUCAUCAAGGCCAUCAAAGAAGAUAUAGGGGCCAAUUGAGCAAUGUGGUUUAGGCAUGCACUGUUCAAGUGUUGCGCAUCUUGUAACUGUGGUAUUUUCGACCUGCACAUUUACCAGAUGGCGAACAUUUAUGCAUUUAUAAAAGCCGCUGACAUAGGCACUCUGUGGGGUUUAGUAUAGUUAAACGGAACAAAUUAUUGAGGAGUUUGGUUCAUCUGGCCACAUUGCGAUUUACCUGUCUCAUCAGUAUCUCUGUGUAUAAUCUGUCUCGUGUUAAGACAUAAGGAGGGGACUUUUUGUACAUUUAUUUGGAACUGCUGAAAGGCUCUUGUGGUGUGCUCUUUUUAUUGAGCCUGUAUUAUUAUUAUUAGAUGGAUUUGUGUGCAAAGCUGAGUUCUUUUUCAAAUAGACAUAUUUCAACAA